GUCAGCAGUGAAUGUGAAUUUCUAGGGUGGAGAUCAAGAAGAUAUAUUAGGUGGAAGACUCAGAGUGAUUGUAGACAUCAAGGUACUGCCAAAUUCUACGAAUCAGUGUUCACGGCCGUUCUAUGUUUCGGAUAGUCGAUCCACCCCCCAGUGUCAGGCAGAACGCCAGCGAGUGGAUCUAUAAGAUGUUAUUUCUCUGGUCGAAGCAGCCAGCUCCGGAUCCCAAAGCUCGUCCGUGGUUCGCCUGGUUCGCGACGGCCGUUUUCUUGUGGCGUUGGCGAAGUCGCAUCACCAGGGCGAUUCUGGCGGCCUCGCCUUUGAGGUUGCUGAGAAGGCGCAUCGCCGGCUUGACGAUCAAUCAGAAAAUACCGUCCGCGAUGAUUUUGAAGCAACAAAAACGACACAGUCUGGCGCAACUGCACAAGCACAAAACCAUCAGCAUACGUCGGGCGAAACGGCUGUGCACAGGCGACGGUCCGCACAUGUCCAGCGCGCUAUCCAUGAUCCAAACCGUGCCGCAGAUUCACUAUAGAGUCACCAGAAGCGGCCGGGUCUACGGAAGAUAUCCGAACAAGGUUGCCAUUCCGAACGGCAACACUCAAGGAAGCCAUUGAUACGUCGCGCUAAAAUUAUCGUGCUCUCAACCGCUGUCCUUGUCUCUGUACAAAUCUCAUAAUCGUCGUGAUCGUCGUCGUGUCGUCGACGUAAUAUUACAU